CAAGUGCAGAAGGGUCGGUUUUAGGCAGAUCUAUCCCGGGACUAUGCGCUCAAUUUGGGGUUUAAUCGUUCUGGUGGCCGCAGCAACUUUUUACUUAUAUCUGCUGUCUGCCUUCCUGCCGCCGGGUCCGCGUGCUAUUCGAGUUCACGACACGGGACCAGAACACACAGACGAUGAGCCGGAGGAGAAAGUGCUCAGGUUGAAGUUCCCAUCUGAUCUGGAGGAAUUGAGGGAACUAGCCGAACUUCUGAAGUUCUACAAGACAGAACACACAGGCUAUGUGUUUAUCCUCUUCUGCAGUGCCUACCUCUACAAACAGUCCUUCGCCAUUCCAGGCUCAUCUUUUCUGAACAUGCUGUCAGGGGCUUUGUUCGGGCCAUUACAUGGACUCAUCAUUGCCUGCACUUUGACUACAGUGGGUUCCACCAACUGCUACCUGCUGUCUCGCACGUUUGGCAAACGUCACAUUGUCAGGCUCUUCCCUGAGAAAGUGGCAAUGCUGCAGAGAAUGGUGGAAGAGAACAGGAGCAGUUUGUUUUUCUUCUUGCUCUUUCUGCGCUUCUUUCCCAUGACACCCAAUUGGUUCUUGAACGUCACUUCACCAAUCUUCAACAUCCCCAUCCCUAUAUUCUUCUUUUCCAUCCUCAUUGGUUUAAUCCCUUACAACUUCAUCUGUGUCCAUACGGGUGCCGUCUUGUCAGAGAUCAACUCUCUGGAUGACAUCUUUUCAUGGUCCACCCUACUGCAGCUGCUGCUGAUCGCGUGUGUGGCGCUGCUUCCUGGAGCUCUGAUCCGCCGCUACAGUAAAGACCACCUCAAACUCCACGGCCUGGAGCCCAAUGGACACCAGAAGAUCCUGAAUGAUCGCAAGACUAGAUGACCCAAGGAGAGACUAAAUAGGACACUGUGUCUGUUGAAAAAGGACUGAUCAUUGGCCUGGGGUCAAAGCCUUAUAAAGGAGAGUGGAAAUUAAAUGGACGUAAAUACUAAAUAGUAGUUAUCAGAUGCCUAAGUGUCAAAGAAGAGAUUGUCAAUGUCUUAAUGGAGGAUACACUCCAACUGCUGAUUUAUUACAUACAAUAUAUAGCACUGGAAAUUGCCUCAUUUUAUAGGAAAACAGAUUAGUAACAGCUUACAGUUUUGAAGAGCUUUAAGUUUUUGAUUGAAGUAAAAAAGAUUUAGCUAUGUUUGUUUGUAUGCUAAGGCUUUAUUUAUUUGUAGCAUCUGUAAAUAUCUAGAAAUGUCAUGUGUUUUGUAAGGUUUACACAAUUAAUAAAAGUGAACAAAUAUUUUCCCUUAAAUAUUUUAUAUUAAAUGUAUAUCAAUUCAUAUUUACACGUGAACACUUUGUUUUAGCCACUGAAAAAAAAGUUCAUUUGUAACUAAUAUCUCUCUAUUCUGACUUGGCUAUUUUUUUUUUCUGAAUUGCAAAGCUGUGAAAUGUAAAAUGUGAAUUUUGAGAAAGUCAGAACUGCGAUAAGACAGAAUUCCUAGCUCUUCUUUCUAGAAUUGUGAAGCAAAAAGUUCCAAUUACUACAAUUGUGAAUACAGGAUUGGUAAUUAUAGUCCUGCUGUACUUAUCACCAGAGCCUCUGUGCACUUAAGGCUCUUAAAAAGCUUUAAAUAUUUAAAAUAUUAAAUAUUUUAUAAGUGAUUUUUAGAAAUCCUACCCACACAUUUUCCUUAAGCAACAUUAUGUUCAUUAUUUGCAGUUUGUUACUAAGGCUUAUUUGACAUCCUUUGAAAAAAAUAUAUAUAAAUUGCAAUUGUAAGAAUUGCAUGAACAGGUGCUGCUUGAUUAAUAAGUACAUUACAAAACUUUUAGGGUCUUGUGCUUUUUAAAGUCAGCUAAAGCUGGAAAAAUAAACUGUUGUCUUAAUGCAUA